AUGGUGAGUGAACCCCCAACCCUAGGAGAGCCCCCCCCCCACCCCCCGCCGCUGGCCACAGGCAAGGGGUGCUGUGGUUGGAGACUGGAGGGCAUAUUCCAAGAGGGGAGCCAUCAGGAUCUCCGAGCUCAAGCAAAGUUCCAGGCCUCUCAGCCUGAGACCAGCUAACUCCCAAACCCCUUGAAGCCUGAGUUCCACAAACCCCUAAAGAAGCUUCACAGUGAGCUGUUACACCCCAAAAAAAGCCCCCAAGAGCCUGAGUUCAAUCCUGAGGAGGCCUCUGCCCGCUGCUGCCAUCCACUCCAGGAGCAACAGAUCGCAAAGACACUCCAUCAGUGGGUAUGGUGUGGCCAGGAGUGCGGGGCCCGGGCGGUGGCAGAAGGGGCAGAGCUGCGCAUCAAGGACUUGGUGGUGUGUGCCAGGGGGGUAGGGGCCCCGGAGUGCCUCCGGGAGGAGUGGGAGCAGCGGGAGGGAGUGUCCUGGCAAGCUGGGAAUGACUGUAUUGCCCGCUACGAGGAAGGCUGUCAUGAGGCGUUCUCCCCGCUCCCAGAUGGGGUGCCAUCUACCCAGCAACCCCCCAGGCCGCCACAAGACCCAGAGCUCAGGAAGGAGAAGGCCCCCCAGCCACAGCAGUUGCCACCUGCAGACCUUAAGUCUCUGAAGCAGAUCCGGAAGGCAGAGAAAGCCGAGAGGGAGUUCCGGAAGAAGUUCAAGUUUGAGGGGGAGAUAGUGAUUCAGACAAGGAUGAUGAUCGAUCCCAACGCCAAGACGCGUCGCGGGGGUGGCAAGUACCUGGGGAUCCGGCGUGGGGAGAUCCUAGAGGUGAUCGAGUUCACCAACAAGGACGAGAUGCUGUGCCGGGACACCAAGGGCAAAUAUGGCUACGUGCCCAGAACCGCUCUACUGCCCCUGGAAACGGAGGUGUAUGACGAUGUUGGCUUCUAGGGUAUGUAGAUGCUCUAGGUGGGCUGGAAGGGAUCACGGUGCCUGGAAGGAGGUAACCCCUCCCACACCCCGUUUCCCCAAGGGGCUGCUAUCUACUUGGGGGGCGGGUGGGCAACGGAAGUCACCCUCCCUUCCUUGGCAGACCCUCUGGAGAGCCAUCCAUUCCCCAGGGGACAGUAAGGCCCACAGGUGUGGGUACCCAGGACAACCUGCCCGCCCAGCCACCUGCUAAACCAGGAGCCUUGGAUCCCAGCUUGGCAGUCACAGAACCAUCCAGGCUGGUGCCUGACUGCAUACAUGAACCACAUAAAGCUCCUAUUU